AUGGCACUAAAGAUCCCUUAUAGUUACGUCCCAUUUCUAUCAUUAUUGCUCAUUCACAUCCUAUUGUUCCAAACGCUCCUCAACAAUCAUCUGGCCGUCGCCGAUGAUUCCACUAAAGCCAAAGACUAUACACCACCACCAGCAAAAACCCCGUCACCACCUGAUGAUGACGAGGCACCCCCUCCACCGUCAGAUAAAUUUGAGAGCAAGCGUAUUGAGAUGGUUUACCCGGUGAUCCAGAGACUCAAGAAAAAAAUCAAGUAUGACCCAAAAGGGAUUAUCAAAACCUGGAACGGUGCGGAUAUCUGUGGAAAAUACAAAGGAUUCAAGUGCGCCAAACACCCCGUUUACAAAGUCGACGCCGUGUCCGGCGUACAAUUUAACGGGUUCAAUUUCGACGGCGACGAUCUAGGUUUGGAUGGCUUCCUUGACGAGAUGCCUGACGUCAGCAUCUUCCACGUAAAUUCCAACAAUUUCACCGAUGGAAUCCCCAAGAAAAUCUCAACCCUCAAGUAUCUAUACGAGCUUGACUUGAGCAACAACAAGUUUGGGGGUAAAUUCCCUUAUGAGGUUAUCAAGGCAACCAAUUUGACCUUCUUGGACUUGAGGUACAACGGUUAUUCCGGGGUGGUCCCUCCCGAAGUGUUCACGCUGGACCUCGACGUACUCUUCAUCAACAACAACAAGUUCCGGCAAACGCUGCCGGAGACUUUGUUUACCCUCCCGGCUCUUUACAUAACCCUUGCCAACAACAAACUCACCGGUCCAAUCCCGUCCAAAACCGGAAAAGCUUCCAAAACGUUGGCCGAAAUUCUGUUUUUAAACAACCAGCUUUCCGGCUGUCUUCCCAGCGAAAUCGGGCUGUUAAAGAAGCUCAUGGUUUUCGACGUCAAUCGAAACCUGUUGAGGGGUGAGAUACCCUAUUCGUUUGGUUGUUUAACCAGGAUGGAGAUUCUCAACUUCGGUAAAAAUCAGUUUUACGGGGCGGUUCCGGAUUCCAUUUGCAGUUUGCCGAGUCUGAAGAAUUUUACGGUGUCUUUUAACUAUUUCACCGAGGUUGGACCGGCUUGCAUGGAGCUGAUUAAGAAAGGGUAUCUUGAUGUUAAGAAGAAUUGUAUUCUGGGACUUCCGAAUCAAAGAUCUAAAGAAAAAUGUGAUGCUUUUGCUCGUAAACCGAAAAGUUGUCCCAAUCCACAAAACUACCCAUUGGAUUGGAUGCCUUGCCGGGAGAUUAGCAGUUCAAUGGAUCGGCGCAAGACCAGAGAAUUAGAAGCAAAGCCGGCGGCUUUGCCAUUUUCUUACAAGUCUCUGCACCCACAUGGACGGUAA